CCCAUCGUCGCUCGAAGGAAGAUUGUGGAAAUGAAGAACCGAGAGAUAGAGAUCCGAAUACUAAUCGCAUCAACGAUUUAUUAAUCUUGACAGAAGAAUUGAGGAUUAAUAAAAGAUUAGUAUAAACUGUUUCGUUUUUUCCGAGCAUCGUAAAUUUCUGUCAGUGCAUAGUGCUUUUAUAAAAGAGAAAAAAAAAACACAUGUACCAGUGUAUCAAUGUAAAUUAUAUGUGAAAGAAUAUAAAAAAGAUAUCAGUGAAACUAUCUAUGUCUUGAAUUAAAUAUUAGCGAAUAGUGAAACGGAUGAAAUCGUUCGAUCCCAUCAAAGAUCAAAUUGUUGUAUCUUGUUAUUGUUACAUUGAUAUUCUCUUAAUUAAAAUUCCAGAAAAAAUAGAGUAUAAUAAAAAAUAAAAAAUAAUCGUAUGCUAUUGUGAGAAGAAAGUUCAAGGAUCAAAAAAGUCAAGGAUCAAGGUCAAAGACAUUAAUUUUGAUUAUAGUGCGAAUAGUGUAGCUGUAAUUAUGCACUAUCGUAUGACGAUUGAAUGCAAGGUGCAUUGGUACGAGUGCGGCGAUUUAUUGUGAGGAAUAAUCGGGAAGGUGGCAAAUUUGGAUGACGUUGAGACGUCGCAGGGGUCGCGACGACCACCGGCGGCAUCAUGGCGUGCAUCAGGGCGCCGAGAUCCGUACGCGGUUCUAUCGACGACAUCAAGGCUGAUUCCACACGUAAUGUCGUGCAGAUCUAUACAGAUUGGGCUAAUUAUUAUCUGGAACGAGGGGGUUGCAAGAGGAGGGUGGCCGAUCUUCAGGCUGAUCUCUGCGACGGUGUUCUUUUAGCUGACUUGGUGGAAGCUGUCACCAAUCAGAAGGUGAUCGACGUAAACCGAAAGCCGAAGAGUGCCCAACAAAUGGUCGAGAACGUGAGUUUGUGCGUGGGAGCACUGCGGGCUCUAGGAGCGGACGUAGGUGCUGUAAACCCGGGCGAAUUGGCGGCAGGAUCAACCCUGUGGCCGGUCUUGGCUUUGCUCUUCGCUCUGUCACGUUACAAGCAGCGAGCCAAGCAGCUGCAGGACAUGCCAAGACUACCGUCGCCCUACAACAAGCAGUCGUCGGGAGUUGGCGGUGCUGGGGGUGGUUCUGGGGGUAGUACGAGCAUACCUUUGCCCGCCACCGUCGCCGCCACUAGGAGAUGCCCUCCGGACAAAGUCAGACCAGUUCCCGCACCGACGCAUCAAUCACAACUCGGAGGCGUGAAACAUGGAAACGGCGGCGUAGGCAGCGCGAGUAGCUCUAGAAGCACCAGUCCGAGUCAGCAGCAAUCAUCUCAAGGUGUUCUUUCGUUCAUUCCGCAACCUAGAAGUCAAAAUACAAAUCGACAACCCACCGCUACUACACCGAGCCCUCGAGCAUCCACAGUGGGUCGGCCCAAUGGAGGUUUGAGGUCUCAACAACAAGCCUUACCAUAUUCUGGAAACAUUGUUCCAGCACCUCAACCAAACAAAAAUUCGGUAUUGGACAAGUUCAAACUUUUCAAUAAUAAAGAUAAAAAUCAGGAACGUGGGAAGGCUUCGUCGGGAGUCUCAAAACGUACUUCCAGUUCUUCUGGAUUUUCUUCAGCACGAUCUGAACAUUCAGACAGUUCCACUUCUUUGUGCGAUCAGAGCAAGACUCAAGUUCAAGAAUCGCCAAAGAGCCGUGCAUUGAAAUCGAAACUACAAUCGGCUAAACCGGCAAAACAAGCCAGUCCAAAGGCAGGCAGGAAGGAGCAGAGCAAGACUCAAAGUAAAAUUGCGCGUACAAAUAAGGGUCUGCCGAGCUCCUCGGAAAAACUGACCGUGCCCUAUAAUCCAGUUGUGGAACAAGAUGUCAAAAUUGUUGGAAAAGCUAUUGGCACCAAGUUACCGAAUGACAGGAAAACACCUACUCUUCAGGAAUUAGUAAAACAAUCAACAGUACAACAACCUCCAAAACCGAACCCUUCCGCUCUAACAUCAUCCAGACAGAUCAACCUUCAAGAUACUAAAAACGUGAAUCUAAGAAACGAGUUUCCAACAACGAAACUUUCGCCCAGACCUAAGAUGGAGCUUCCAGGCAAGAUAGCGGAUCCAAAAAUUUAUCUGCAAAAUGCAAAGCCACUCCCAAAUGGUUUAAACAAGGACUUUAUGAUACAAAAAACCAUUUUGGCAAACACCAAUGGUAUUAUCAAGCCGUCCGACGCAGAAGAGACACUCGUUCGCGAAAACGAUACUUUCAAUCGCACUCUAAGCAUGAAUCAGGCCAAUCUCUCAGAUGGCAAAGAUCUUACGGCAAAGCAGAAGGAAUCAGAAGUUUUAUUAGAAGUUAAUCAUGAACAGCAAUCGGACAUCGAAAGCUUUGAUUCACCAUCAAAGACACGAAUAUCAAAUCAAGAGAAGGUUAUUUGUGAGGAAGAAAUAGAAUCUGUUGACAUCUCGAAUGAAAAACAGAAUUCUGAAACCAAUCGCACAGAUUCAGUAAUCGAUGAAAAGCCAGCUAAUGCUGAAGAUGGAUUAACAAGUAUGCCCGCGCAAACUAAUUUGAACUUUGGUUCUAAUAAACCGCUCGCGGGAUCGAACAGUCCUCUUCAUGGUUCAAAUCCAGCCGGGCUUAGUCCGGGUUCCAGCAUUCCAAAACCUACCGCUCUUGUAAAAGGUACGUCAAAACCAUCAAAAGAAAACAGCACAGCUAGCGGUGUGCCUACACCAACGAAACCGAAAAGUGGCGAUAUUCUUCAUCGUAAACUCGACCCUAACACGGUUGCGAUGGUAUCGCCAAUGCCGAGCAUCUCGGAUCUCAUGUCUGAAAGUUCUCACAGUAACUCUAACAGCACCGGACAAAGUAACUCAAGCGACAGUAGCGUAAUUUAUAGACCGAGCAGCGAGAGCGGCAGCGAAAUUAAGACAAUCCCUAAUCGGAAGAUUGAUACUACGUUUGAAAUGGAAAAGGUGCUGUCGGAAAGCUCAACAUGCGGUAGUGCUCUGGCAGACGAUGAGGCCGAGAUGACUGUGAAACCCAUGCAGCCCCUUCUGCGCGGUUACACGCCUGGAGCCCGAGGCUUGCAGACCCUGCCGAGUCGCACCACAGGCCGACAAUACACUGUUCUGCAUUCGUCGUCGCAUCAUCAUGUCGGUGGUCACCAUGACUAUGCCGAUGUGGAUGUUGCUUCCGGUUAUCUGAGCGACGGUGAGGUAUUGCGUGGAGGCGGUAUGAGCGUUGGCAGCAGAACUCUUUCGGAUCUGUGUGAUGGAUACAUGUCCGAGGGCGGCGCAUCGCUAUAUGCUCGCAGGAUCAAUCCUUCCUACGGUCAUGAACAUGACAGGUACGUGAGUGGUUCGCGGCGAGAGCUGUCGGGGGUGAAGGAACUGGUGACCUCGAGGCGGGUGCAGAAAAAUCGGCCGUCGGGAAUCGCGAGGUCGGAUGGCGGCUGCAUCGGGGGUAGAGUGCCGGGCGGAGGUGGUGUAAUUGUGGGGGGUGGCGGAGGAUCGGCCACCCCCCAAGGGGCGCAGCAGGGUAACAGUCAUAACUUGGUGUACCGUGUGGUGGGUUCGCGUGGACACCCCGGCAGUCACCAUCCGCAUGUGAAAAAGUCCGACAGCUCUCAGCAAACUGAGAGUUCGGCCUUCAAGCACCAGCAGCAACAACAACAGCAGCAGCAGCAACAGGGCCCGAACGGCUCUGGUAGCAGCAGCAGCUCCAACAGCCAACAAUGGAAGAAGUACAUCGAAGCGGGCGCCGCAAGAGAGAGAGACAAGGAGAGCGCGCCCCCCAGCCCUAGUCCCUCCAGAAGAUCACAGGAUAAACAUCGGAAACAGACCAUGGCCGAAUAUGCAAAUGGCGAGAAACCACAGAAAGUUUCGUCGGGCACAUCAACUAGCAGCAGUAGCAAGGUUCGCGGGGUACCACAAAGCUUCGGCUACGUUAAGAGACAUAGUGCAGGCACUAGUUCGAGUCCGAAUGGCAUCCAAAAUGGCAGCAAGGAUGCCACAAGGACAGCUCAAGUUAGCGCCGUGCCGAGGACCAAGGUCAAAGUAUCCGGCGGUACGCAAACGUGUACCACGGAAUUGCAAGCGAACUCUUCAGCAUCAAAUCAGGGUCAUCACUACAAAAGCUAUAGCCUCACCGGUCCUAGUGCCAGUCAACUUUCGCAAUCAGUUCGAGAUCGCCUCAUGCUAGGCUCACAGAGUUUGCCAAAACCCGGUAGUCCAGAAUUCACCGCUCUUUUCGCAUCUGCCCAUCAUCGCGAGAGAGGAAGUGGCGUUGGACCAGCGAGCGCAUCAUUUUCGCCCCGAAUAUUGAAACCAUCUGAUGGCAGUCUCAGUGACACGUGUAGUAAUUAUGCCGCACCUGAUCUUCAGGGUUACUAUGGCACACCCACCAGUCCCUAUACCACUUCGUGGAUGAGGCAUAGCAACACUUAUACGCCUAGUGGACGAUCGCAAGGGAUGGGUUUAUGCGAGGCGGAUAGCGUGGAAUCAUUGGGCUCACAUCGCGCGAGUCUGACGCAUGCCCGUCUUUUAAUGCACCAAAGGGACUCCACAGGAUCUCCAGCGCCACCCAGACUGAAUAGGAGCAAUUCCAUCAGCCAUCUGCGGGACAGGACAUUCCCAAGGUCUACCAAAAGCGAAAAGAUGUACCCAUCAAUGUUGGCACGUGGAAGCGGCGCUUCGUCAUCAGUGGGCGAGGAAGUCGGGAUAGGCAUGGGGAUUGGAGUGGAGCCAUAUUAUAGCGUUCCCGUGGGAUCGGCAGGAUGCACUGGCCAGCACUGGUCCCAACCAACGUCGCCGACACCCACGCACACCUCACGACAACCGCCAAACUUGUAUCAACAUGUACACAAGGACGAUGAUAUUCAUGGUUCUUCGGUAUCUCUAGUGUCCACCGCGAGCAGUCUUUACAGUUCGGCCGAGGAAAAGCAGGCACACGAAUUGAGAAAAUUACGUCGCGAACUACUGGAUGCUCAGGAGAAGGUGCAUUCAUUAACCAGUCAGCUUUCCACAAACGCGCAUGUGGUCUCAGCUUUCGAGCAAUCGCUGUCCAAUAUGACUCAGAGAUUACAGCAACUUACAGCUACAGCUGAGAAAAAGGAUUCCGAGCUUCAGGAACUCCGGGAAACGAUCGAAAGGCUGCGCAAGCAGAGUGCUGAAGCUGGAUUGAACAACGGAUCAACUGCAAACAAUGGUCGUCGUCAUACUUUAGGCGACUCCGAAUCCAAUACUACCGGAUGCACAGGCAGCGGCAGCAACAAUCAUCAUCAGGGCGCAUCAAUGGCAAGACAGUUGUCCGCGGACAGCGUGACAUCUCUGAAUUCGCUAAGCAGCGCCUGCUCGGCCAGUAGCAGUCAUCACAAGAAGAAGGGCUGGCUACGUAGCUCUUUCUCCAAAGCAUUCUCAAGGUCGCGUAAAAACCGACAUGGUUCGGUUUCCGAUGCUGAAGAUUGUAAGGAAAGUCCUGGUGGUGAUCUAAGCGCUCCCAACAGUCCUAGAUUGCCAUCCGCAUCUAAACAUGAGUCUUCAAGAGCACAAACUGUGAGAAGCAACGGCCAGAAAUCUCCUGAUCAUGAAAAUCCUCUAUCAGGAAGCAAGAGCAGUUCGGCACUGUAUAAAAAAGAAGACGAGGAUGUGGACGAGUUGAAGAAGCAGUUAAGAGAGAAAGAUCUAGUGCUGACAGACAUUAGAUUGGAAGCGUUAUCUUCAGCCCAUCAGCUGGAGUCUUUAAAGGACACGGUUAUCAAAAUGAGAUACGAGAUGCUGAAUUUGAAACAGAACAAUGAACGUCUCCAACGACUAGUGACCUCGAAAUCGCUCACUUCGUCGCAGUCCUCUCUACCCAGUGACCCAGAUCGACGCUUCAGCAUGACCGAGGUGGCAUCGAGUGUCGCAGCGCUGUCAAAUGGCGAUGUCAGUUCCACGGCCGAUCAACUGGAAGAUCUCAACGUCCCCGUUGAACAUACGGUGGUACCGAGCACUACAGCUACGGAACCGGUUCUCGAACAGGACACUGACGGCAAGAGAAUCAACGUAGCCGUUUAUCUCGGCAGUGAGCGAAAUUUCAAUUACAAUUUGAUUACCGGGAGUUCUGCUGACGGUACCAUAGGCGAACCACCCCAUUGCGUGAUCGCCAACGUGUGUAUCAGCAACAAGACCAGUUGGGACGCGUUGGAUUCUAUAGUAAGACGUUGUUUCAAGGAAUAUGUCUCUCGAGUGGACCCUGUAACGAAUCUAGGUCUUGGCGUCGAAUGUGUCGCCGCAUAUCAUCUUGGCGAGGCUUCCAGGUGCACUAGCGAUUCUCAGCAUCCCGAGUUGUUACCUUGCGGCUACCUAGUUGGUCACGUGAAGACUAUUUAUCUAGUAUUAUCAGGUUAUUCCUGGCUAGCGGUGGAUACUUUGAUACCGCGCUCUAUCGUUCAGCGACUAAUUUCCCUUCUGACGGAACAUCGCAGAGUGAUUUUAUGUGGUCCAAGUGGUACAGGAAAGAGUUACCUGGCCGGGAAAUUGGCGCACGCUUUAGUAGACACCGACAAUGAUACGAAGGAUGCUGCCGCCGUCGCAACUUUCAACGUUGAUCACAAAUCCAGCAAGGAAUUACGCCAAUAUCUCGCUCAUAUUGCUGAAAGAUGCGAUUCGAAUGCAGCUGACGAGUUGCCCAGAGUGAUUAUUUUGGAAAAUCUUCAACACGCAGCAUCUCUGGGUGAACUCUUCAGUGGACUCUUAGGAACUAGACACUCAUCCUGUCCUGCCAUUAUCGGUACCAUGAGCCAGGCUACCUGUAGUACCACCAAUUUACAAUUGCAUCAUAAUUUCAGGUGGGUAUUAUGCGCGAAUCACAUGGAGCCAGUUAAAGGAUUCUUAGGACGUUACCUGAGAAGGAAAUUAUUGGAGCAUGAACUACGCGAAUGCGCCGGUACGAGAAACGCAGAAAUGGCCGCAGUAGUCGAGUGGUUGCCGCGGGUUUGGCUGCAUCUCAACAAGUUCCUAGAAACUCAUAGCAGCUCCGAUGUCACCAUAGGACCGCGACUCUUCUUAUCAUGUCCAAUGGAAGUUGCUGGCUCUCAAGUAUGGUUUACCGAUUUAUGGAACUAUUCGGUAAUACCUUAUCUAGUGGAGGCAGUGAGGGAGGGAUUGACGCUGUACGGAAGACGUGUAAGCGGAAACGGAAACGGCGAACUCACAUGGGAAGACCCAGCACAAUUCAUCACGUCCAGCUAUCCAUGGCUCUCAACGCAUGCUGUACACGGUGGCAGCGACGCUCUUCUGCGUUUGAGACCCGAAGAUGUAGGAUAUGAUGUUGUCUCCAGCGGGCAUACUUCUGGUGUAGGUGCUUCUAGUGUGAAGAGCCUGGGAAGUACUCACAGUGAUACCGAAGGAGAUCCUCUGCUUAACAUGCUGAUGAGACUGCAGGAAGCAGCUAAUUAUUCGAGUCCGCACAGCAACGACAGUGACUCGGUGACAUCCCUCGAUUCAUCGCAUACUCGCCAUUCUGAGGAUUUAAACAAUUCGACAUCUUCGUCAAGAGGAGUAGAAUCGGCACUCUAAAUUAACAGGAUAUUAUAAACAAAAUUUAUCGCCGAAAGGUCAACAUAUGCAUGUCGACCAUCAAGUGAUUAAAAAUACUAUAAAAAGUAAAGAUCAAUAAAUUUCACAAUUAAACAAUCAUUUCGAUCGCCGAAUCCAGAACAAGAGAAAAUUAUUUAUAAAUAAUGGAUAAUUGUAAACGAGAAAUAUCCUUAUCAGAGAAAAUAAUCAGCGUGCGAUGUUUCUAAGAUUAAAUCCAGGAGGAAAUUUAUAGGUAUCACUAUUCACUGAAUCAUAUUUCCAAAUCGAGAUAAGAAUUCAUUUAAAUAUUGACGAUAACUCUAAUCGUAAUAAACAUCAAAUUGCAUGUUUCAAGUCCCUCUGAAAUGCAAUAAGAUUAAAAGAAGUCACGAAGCGCCAGCUAUUUUAAGAUCACAUUAUUUUAAUAUCAACAAUAGCUUCGUAUUGAUCUAAGAGGGAUUCAAAAUGCCUAUUAAAGCUGGCCUAGAUUUAUAGAUUUCUACGUGCAUCCAGCAUCUUGGUGUGAUAUAUAAUAUUAAAUGAAUGAAGAACAGUAAUAACAAAUAAACGGCAAUUUUUUUGUUCUUAAGAAAAAUAAAUGAAUCGAAAGAAAUUAAUAUAGAAUCCAUUCUACAAAUUAAGUUUUACAUCCCACAAAUUGAAUAAAAAAUUUUUUAAUUCUUUUUUUCUAUUAAUACUCUUGACUAUUUAGCUGAGAACUCCACGUUGACAGUAGCGAUACAACGUCGGUAAAAAUUAGAAGCUUCUUCAUCUUUGUUUAUCUUUGUAUUAAAUGACAACUAAAUUUUUUAUUGCACUUAAUUUCGUUAUUAUGUGCUUAAUCGUGUAGAUGUAACUUGUUUCGUAUUUAUCAAAUUCGUAAUAAAAAUGGACGGCAAUUAAAGUUACCGUUGAAUUUUAUAUGUAAAAGCAUAUUUUCCAUUUCUCUCAAGCUGUCAAAUCGUUUUUCUGUCUGAGUAAAUUUUAUUUCACGUGCACUUUUACGGCUAUUCAUUAAUAGUCAUCCAUUUUCACAAGUGUCUUAAAGCCAUCUCAAAUAUCAUUUUAGUCAAAUAUUUUUUUAUUUGCAAAUUACAUGCAAUAAAUUUCACUAUCAUUUCUUGCUUAUGACAUCACAAUUCCAAUAUGGCUACGGCGACUAGACAGAAGCCUUAAAUAGAAAUAAAAAAAA